CUCUUCUUGGUGACAUUGUGCACGACGCCGCUUCAGCGACGUGCCACCAGUUCCCCGUCGUCCUUUUUUCGAACUCGGCAAACACGAACAAGCUCGCAUUAUCGUCUCAGCUGCCAAAUCCGCACGCAUGAUCUUCGGGUGCCUCCUCCAUCGUGCCCGACUUUCUUCGACAGACGACCACUGGUCUCACUACACGCCCAUAUCAAGCCGUCAUCUCGUCUCAAGUACAAUAAGCCAAGAACAAUCCGGUCUGCGUCCUGCACGCAUUAGUCGCACGUUGCAUACGAGCCUACAUUUGGCCGCCCUGGCCGCAGAUCCUCACGCCACUUCGAACACGCAGCUUUGCACUCGUCGAGCAACACCAUAGAUAUCUCUGGUGUGCUGCUUCUUGCCGAUCGUUGUCAACUAGCUACCACAGUCAAGCACUGGAGCGCGAGCUGGAGUCUUGUUCCCAAUGUCUCGUCCAGUGCCGAUACAGCCUCCGUACGAUGACCAAACCAGAAUGGCGCAGACACAACGUAUACCGACAUUUCCGCCAUCAAACUAUCUAGGCCGACCGGACCAACGAGCCUCUGGUCCCCAGUUGCCCCCAAUACAUGCUAUGAGGGCUGCGCCUGAAGAUGGUGGUCGACCAGUCCAGCUGCCGCCCAUGCAGAUCCCUCUCCAGGGCCCAGUCUCCCCGCCCAGAGCUCCGUCGAGAUCAAUACCUGUCGCGCAGCUCCUAACGAGCCCGCCUUCACCGCCGCGUGCACGCCAGCCUCCUCAGGCGCCAUACCAGAGGCAUUUCCACCCCGCGCCCGUCACUUACGGUAGUUCGGUUGGCGAUUAUCGAGCUGCACCGCCACCGCAAUUACCUCCAUAUGCUACUCAACAUCGUCUGGACCAGAUUCCGGAGCCAUUGAGACAACAGCAAUAUCAACAGCAGCACCCGAUAGAACAGUACCAACGCGCAGCACAGCACCCACCUCCUCCACCGGUCCAAUUCGAACGUGCUGCAUCUCACCAGUAUAGCCCCACAAGAAGUGUCUUCUCGUCUCCCAAGAGUUAUACGCAUUCUCAGCCAUCUCCUCGAUCGUCAUUCCCACCUUCGAGCCAAGCAGGGUCUACACCCAAGCCGAAACCUCAACCGCCUCCACUCAACUACAAUCUGGCUAUCAGACAGCAGCCUGCAGCCGCUCGCGCUUGCGGUUUCGGCGAGCGAGAUCGCCGAGUCAUUGAUCCACCGCCUAUCCUAGAGUUGAAGAUCACUGACCAAAAUGGCUUACCUGAGCUCGACCCCAGUGGCAUGCUCGCGCUGCACUGCACCUUACUGAACGCUGAUGGCGCCGAGGAUGAAACCGAGCUCACACCGUCUAUGCCGGAUAUGCCAUCUACUCGACGACUCAUGGGCACGCUCGUCGCUUCACCCUACCAAGCCAAAGACGAGAAUGGGCUUGCAGGCACCUUCUUCGUCUUUCCGGAUCUCAGCUGCCGCUCCCCGGGCCAAUACCGUCUCAAAUUCAAGCUCAUUCGCGUGGAUGGGACCAACAUGACGUGCGUCACCACCCACAGCAGUAUUGUUUCAGACUCUUUCAGCGUGUACACCGCCAAAGACUUCCCCGGUAUGCGAGCAAGUAGCUCUCUGCUCAAAGCGCUGCGACGGCAGGGCUUGAACGUUGGAGUGAAGAAGGGCUCAGAGGCGAGGAAAGGCAAGACGAAGGCGAAAAAGUCGGCGCAGGAGCACUCGGGCGGUUCGUCGGACGGAGGAAGUGACGAUUCGGACGUGGAGAUGGAGAGUGGUUCAGCGAGUGGGAGCCCGAGAGUCAAAUCUGGUGGCAAGAAGGGAAAGAGGAGAAGAAGGGAUUAAGAAACGUGAUUGACGAGGAGGAAUCGAGAAAGGAAUUUGGGUCGACAGGAAGAGGAUCUUCUUGUGCGCGCCCUGAUUUUCCGUCUCAUCAGGCGAGCGCCUUCAUGCACUCAUCUACCAGGUCCUGACAUGCGCAAAGCGGGGUACGAGCAGGUGUGGCGGUGCUGCUAACGCCGCAAAACGCCGUUCUCCAACCAUAUUGUUACACCAACACUUCAGCUGUACGCCUCGUGGGCGGACUUUCCGACGAUACGCAAAGACUGUACGAUUCAACCCCAGGAACGAUGUCUCUUUUCGGCUUCUCGGGCCUCUCUUUUGUUUGCUGGAUCUGGACGAUGAGCGAGCGAGCUGAGUCGAGUCUACACUUUGGGCUUCCCGGGGCGGGUAACGAUUUGCAACGAACAAGAACACCGUAAUGGUCCGCAUGUAUGGUGGCUAUGUGUGCGUGUCUGAGGAGCAUUGCUUGGGCUCUUUUGCUUUUCGUUCUCUGACGAAAAUAUUCUGAAACGUUCGGGCUAGGUCUUUUAUGUUACCCAUGAACAGUAUUGUAGCGUAUUGUAGCACCCAGCAGUAUCGAUAUCUCUCCUUCUUCUGCCCAAGCAGCUGCACUCAUCUCCAAAAGCCACAUCCAGGUCGAAGCAGAAAGGUACUUCCCUUUGCGGUGCGCUCUCGAGCUUGCAGUUCCGUGAUACUGGCGAUUAUGAUCAGGUGUGCAGAGACUGUGGUGUCUUCAACGGCGACACUCGACGGCCUUAUCUCCGUGACCUGUCUCCAGAUGACUCUCGUCGCG